AGAUAUCGCGGUAUCUUGCUCUUUCGUAACUCUUAAAUUUUGUUUACUCCAUCGACGUAAGGUUAUAUACGUUCAUUAUCUGUACAAAAAUGUGGCAUACGUAAACUGAAAAGACCUUGUACACUCUCCUUCUCUUCAUUGACCGUCAAUCGUCGCAUAACUGUUAUUCUGACUCGUUAUCGCAGCAAUUGUUCACUGAUAACACGCGCAAAUGUCGAAUAAAGACGAUGGAUUACAAGGUCAGUCCAAACGUGAAACAAGCGAUGAGAAAAAUGACUCCUUAUUCGUAUUUGAUCCAAUUGAACAUCAACACAUAAGAUAUAAUCCUCUAAGAGGAGAAUGGGUGCUGGUAUCCCCUCAUCGUAUGACACGACCUUGGGGAGGUCAGAUUGAACCCAAUACUGAUGAGGAGUUGCCCGAUUAUGAUCCCAAUAAUCCACUCUGCCCAGGAAACAUCAGGGCGAAUGGAGAAGUGACUCCAAUAUAUCAAAACACAUACUCGUUCAUCAAUGAUUUUCCCGCUUUAUUAGAGUCGGUGCCAGAUCCACCGAAAGCGGACGAUGAGUUGUUUCAGAUGGGCUCCGCCAAAGGCACUUGCAAGGUGAUGUGCUUUCAUCCGAAGUCGAACGUAACAAUAGCACUGAUGAAAGUUGGCGAGAUCAAAAAGGUGGUGAAACGGUGGAUCUUUGAGAUGCUGGAACUAGGCGAGAAAUGGUUCUGGGUACAGAUAUUCGAGAAUAGAGGCGCUCUGAUGGGCUGCAGCAACGCUCAUCCUCACUGUCAGAUAUGGGCUAGCUCGUUUUUACCAAAUGAAGCUAGAAUAAAAGACCGGUAUUUUAGCGAUUAUUACAAACGUAACAAGAAGCCUCUUCUCGUGGACUACAUGCAGAAGGAAAUCUUAAAGAAAGAUCGUAUCGUGAUCGAAAAUCGCGAUUGGAUAGUCGUGGUGCCGUUCUGGGCAAUUUGGCCGUAUGAAACUAUGUUGCUGCCGAAAAAGCAAGUAACCAGAAUGCAGGACUUAUCAGACAGUCAACAGGAGUCUCUAUCGGUCAUCAUAAAGAGAUUGUGCACCAAAUACGACAAUCUCUUCCAAUGCUCUUUUCCGUAUUCGAUGGGAUGGCACGGCGCACCGACAGGUCCGCAUCUCAACGAUGAUUAUCCAUAUUGGACUUUCCAUGGGAUAUAUUUACCGCCUUUAUUGCGAUCUGCUACCAUAAAAAAGCAUAUGGUCGGCUAUGAGCUUCUGGCCCAGGCGCAGAGAGAUCUGACGCCGGAACAAGCAGCAGCGAAAUUAAGAAGCUUACCAGAUUCUCACUACAAAUAUCCAGAAACUAGUCUGACUGUGGAAGAGAUAGAAAAAUAUUCGUCUUCAACUUACAAUUAUAAAUAGUAGUAACAUUUGUAAAUAAAAUAUGUAGAUUUCUAGAAACUAUAGAAAAUAAGAAGGGGAGAACUUACGGAUUAA